GUGAAUCGCCUAAAAAGCCGAAAAUAUCGAAAAAUAUAUAAAAUACGGGGGAUAAAAAACUGCUCGAAAUGAAAGUGAAAAAAGCGCAUUGGGCCAUGUUCGCGAUCACGGUGGGCAUUAUAAUUGGCUGCUUGAUAUGCAUCGCGGUGUUCGCCGGCUUCCAGCACGAGGACGUCAAGUUCAAGACGAUGCUGGUGAGCAUUGUGAUAGUGCUGCUCUUCCAGUUCCUCAUCGGGGACCCCAUCAAGUUCGUGAUCCUGUCCGUCGACCGGGCCCUGUGGCCACCGCGGAUCUACAUACCGCCACGCUGUGACAAGAAUUUGAAGGAGGAGAAGGAGGAACGCAGGGACUUCCUCAAGCGGCGGCUGGUUAGCAAGCGCGCCAACCUGAUGCUGUCCUCGCGCUACAGGAACUAUAAGCUCAACGAGCAGUACAAGAUGAUCGCCCACGACCUCUUCAUCUACGGCCCGUACUUCCUCUGCCUGAUGUGCCUGGUGCUGGUGACGAGGGACCAAACCCUUUACCACAACACGCGCAUCAUCACGGACCUCUUCAUGUACAACCACACGGACUACACGGGCCUCCAGGAGGUGUACUUCCUCAACCAGCUCUUCGACUUCAUCGAGUCCACCCUGGUGAUCGCCUUCAACUCGAAUGCCUCCGAGAGCGGCUCGCCCGGCUGGGCACACGCCGAGCAAUCGGUGCUCCUGGGCGUGAUGCGACUGCGCCAGCUGCGCGUGUCCAAUCCGGAAGUCGGCCUCGGUCCACCGAAGUUCUCCGACACAUACUACAUGCCCGGCUGGCAGCUGCCCUACCGCAAGCUCCACUACUCCGACAAGUACUGGCGCAUCUACGAGCCCUGGUUACCCAUCAAGAUGAACUUCGAGUUCCUCGACGCCCUGCUCAUGAACUUCGACCAUGUGGGCUCGCUCAACAGCUAUCCGGAGCUGGCGGGCUACGUCAGCCUGCUGGCCAGGAGCGCGGCUAAUAGCAUGAAGGUGAUUGACUACCUCUCGGAGAACCACUGGCUGACGCUGAACACGUCGGCGGUGUUCAUCGACUUCACGCUGUACAACGUGGACGUGAAUCUGUUCAGCAUCUGCACGCUGCGCGUGGAGAAGACGCCAUUCGGCGGCAUAGUGCCCGACGUGCAGGUGGAGAGCGCCAAGCUGCUGGAGAACGUCGACCAGAUGCCAUACACGGGGCUGCUGGCCCUGCUCAUCUACGUGCUGGUCUUCAUACAGUUCGCGCAGACGCUGGCGGUCAAGCUGUGGUACGAGCCGCAUCUGCUGAAGAGCGUUUGGAACAAGCUGGACGUGUUCAUCUUUAUGGUCAACCUGCUGGUGAUGGUGCUGGUGGUGCUGCGCGAGUCCCUGGUGGCCAGCAUGAUGAAGAAGGUGGAGGGCGCCAGCAAGGUGGAGUUCAUCGACUUCCGGCGGCCGUCGCGCAUGCACCAGUUGACCACGAUCACGAUCGGCUUCUUGAUCUGCAUAACCACGCUGCGCCUGUGGCGAGUGCUGCAGUUCGCCAGCGUCUUCAAGCUGUUCACCAGGACGCUCUACUUGGCCUGGUCAGCGGUGGCCAGCACCGCGAUCGCCAUCGUCAUAUUCCUCAUCGGCUUCUGCUUCGCCGUGGUCACCAUUAACGGCAACUACAGCAGCAACUUCAACAAUCUGGUGAAGAGCAUGGUGAUGUGCAUGUGCUUCUCCUUCGGCUUCAGUGCCCAGGUGAAGCCAUCGGAGCUCUUCCACGGCGGCAAGUGGCUGGGCAUUGUCUGCUACGGCGUCUUGGCCUUCGUCAUCAUCGUGCUGCUGAUCAACGUCUUUGUGUCCCUGAUCAACGACUACUUCACCGUGUCGAAGAUGAUCAGGGACUCGGAACGGGAGAAUCGCAUCACUUUCUUCGACUUUCUGCUCGUCGAGUUCUCGGGCGUCCUUGGGCGCUUCCGCAAGCUGCCCUGCUGGCGGAGGAACUACGUCCGCAACGGGCGUACGGUGGCGCAAAACGUGAGCCGGAAACUGGACUCCAUGGACAGGCAGCGUUUGAUGCGGCGGAGGUUGCGGCCCCAUCGAGUGCGUAGACAAGAAUCGGCCGAGGAUGCCCUGCUGGAGUACAAGGAUCGCGGCGAGAAGAUGGUCAACGUGCAGAAUAUCCUCAACACGCAGCUCACCUUGAUCAGAAUGUUCCUCUUCGACGAAGAUGUUGAAUUGCCGCAGGAGCAGCGGGAGCAGCCCGAUUGGGGGCCAGACGGAUCGCCGCCGAAGAACAAGAGCCAGGACGAGGCUGAAGCCUAAAGAUGAAUGUGCUCCUUGCCAAA